AUGAUUUCGUGUCCCUCUGACAUUAUUCUCAUGGAGCCGAGGGGACUGGCCGCCUACUUUCAAAACAUGGGGGCUCUAUGUGGACUUGCAGACAGUAUUAUCUACUCUGAGGUGUCUGGGGCCAUGUUUGCCGCGAUGACUCCUGAGGCCUUUCUAACGGCACUUAACAGGCCUCUGGACCCCUGUGUGCUUAAGGAGUUGCGGCUGAUCCAGAGCCUUAUUCAGCAGAAGAUAAAGGAUAGCGUGCCUUCGUUUUUGGACAGCGUUUGCAAAGGUGUUAUCCUGGGAUGCUCUCCCACCCUCAAUACUGAAUGCAAUGGUGAUUCAUCUGGUGAAAACAUAGCUGACCUCCGGAGAGACUGUCCCUCAUUUGGGGACGCGCCCAGAUCUAGUCGAUUCUAUGAGAUAGCAGUGCUUGGUUGCUGGAACAGUUCUAUUUUGUGUGUUCCAGUCGACACCGUUGGAUGCUACUUAGAUGAAUGUAAUUACCCUAAUCACCCGUCUCCUUCUAUGCUCCCUCGCGGGUCUCUAGUCGACAUUGUACUGAAGAGUGGAUGUUCUGCCAGGUCUUCGAUUGAUACCGAUAAUAUAAAAUUAGUUAUUCCUUGCUCUAACACGUGGGAGGCGUCUCUAAUGGGGCUUCUUUCCAUGGUACAUGACUAUCUGAAUACUGCACGGAAAGCCACCCACCCACCCUUUCAUAUUGGGAUGUAUUCGGCUCUUCCGUUCGCCUCGUCAGUCAGUCAAUCUAGUAACCAUGAUGGUAAUGUACUCACUACAAUAACUCUGGCGGAUGUUCUAGAGUCCCCGGAGGCUAUGUCCCAGGAACACACGUCCUACAUGGAGCAAACUGCGUUUAGGUCUAUCGACGAAGAUAUAGCGUGCAACAGCAGCUCACACGAUGGCCUGUGUAACCCUAACGCUGAUCAAUGUACGGAUUCUCUCAAACCCGUAUCUGCCCCAAGCCCGAUUGAAUAUGAGCCUUUGUCUCCACCUUCAGAGCAGCUGUUUCCAAGUUACCUGUUCUCUAAUACUUCAGGUGCCUAUAAGGAAUUAUUUGGCAGGCUUUCAGCCAGCGCGUCUGGUGAGAUCCCAUGCUACACUGACAUUUGUGCUACUGGGAUACCUCCAUCCGGUUUCUAUGCCCCUCUUCCCCAGUCUUCUGGGGUGUCUAUUGGUAUGCAUAAAAGCCUUUCUGACAUGCCUCUACCAUUCAUGAACGCUCCCAAUAUUCUUCUACCUAAUACAAUCGCUAACGCCCACGUGAACAAUAGGCUGCUUAGUAGUACGAUGCAGUGCUUUAAUGGAUUUAUUUACAAGUAUAACCCUAUGCUGGUCUUGCCCCUGUCCACUCGUUUCCGCGGAAGGAUAGAGUUCAUCCAGGACGGAUACGGUUGUAUAGUGUGUCCCCCUUUCAGCAAGCAAAGUCAAACAGCCCAGAGCAUACCCACCUUCAUGAAUCCCGAGUUUGUCAUGAGCGCAGAGAAGGCCGGGUGCGCCAGUAUGCGAAAAGUGUUCCAAUCGCUCGUGAACAUUCCCCAGGAUGUCCAUAGCAUGAUGAACUAUUCUCCACCAAAUAUCUCCUCGCUAAGCUCCUUCAAUAUCGCUGACGGGCUGUCGCUGUGCUGCUUCUUCGCAGCCCCCUGGGUCCAGACAUCCCCUAACACCCCUGACUGUUCACUGAUAAGAGGGGACAUUGUUGAGUUCAAUCUUAUACACGGGUAUGGAUAUCUAGACGAGUAUGCCGUCUAUGGGAGUGCGAAUCAGCCAUUCUAUCCGCUUGUCUCCAAUGCAGCCCUAGAAGCUAUGGCUAAACACGGUGGUCGUUUGGCCAAAGGGAAAGGAGAAAAGCAGCGCACAGAGAAGAAGAAAGGAGACGAGGCCCAGAUGAAGCACAGUCUCUCAGCUCCUGCCGUCUCCACGAACCCCCUUAUGAAGUUUAAUCGAGCUGAUCUCACCGACUACUAUUUCCUGCAUCAGUCAACGAGUAAUACCGCUGAGUAUAUCACGCUUCUGGCAGACAAGAUUACCGUGGUCAAAAACACCCGUGUAACCAAAUCACAGUGGCACAGCCUUCUCGUUGAUGGCCACAUAUAUCAAGGAAUUGUCUACACUUUCAAUGAAGCAGAAAAUUACGGAUUCAUUAAGUCCUACGGUAAUCGUAUGCAGGCAGGAACGCUGAGUCAAGGCAUAGAGGUUUAUUUUCGUCCCUCUCCUUCUAGUACCUGGAAACCGGAAAGAGGGUGCUUUGUUUCGUUCAAGGCGAAGUGGGUGGAUUCUAAGGCCCAAGCAAGAGAGGUCAAGCCCAUCUAUAGCCGCACAAGCAGCUUCUUCUUUGGGCAGUGCCUGGGGGUCUUUCCUCCUUUUGCUAUAAUCAGAGCAGUGGCGCAUAUUGAGCACAAGAUGAGCACGGAGAAAUACGGCUUUUCCGGCCGCACGGUAGACUUUCUGCAGUGCCGUGGUCUCUUGACGGCAGGGGCCGAUCCAGAGCCAUAUGUCUAUGAUGGUCAAGACCCUUCGUUCUCUUGCAGAAAGAUAGACCCGUAUUGGGCCAGCGAUGUUUACUUCGUCCGUACAAAGACUCUUGCUCAGGCGCUCAAGAUAUCCCUCGGGGUGGGCUCCUAUGUCGGGUUCAACAUCGACCCUGACAUUAGCACGCAUCUGCGAGCAGUCAAUCUGUCAGUAAUUGACCCUAGUAUUUUCACUGAUAUCCUCAGCUAUAUUCAAAGGUACUCAUCUAAUGCCAUUAUACCUUCCCUCCGACAUUCUGUAUUAACGCAGCAGUCUAUAGAGAAACUACCGUGGUCCCUUAACUUCCACAUGCCAACCAGGGCAGAGCCCACUCCGUUACGCGCCUUUACAUUCCACCUUGAGCUUGGCUCGCUGCAGGCAGUGUUCCAGGAAGGGACACUCCAGGAUACGGGCUUUCUUCACAAUUGUCAAAUCAGGCUAUCGUCUAAGUACGACACUCAGCUUUUAACGAUUCCAUUGAAUAGCGUCUUGAGACCGCUAGAGGUUGCUAUUCCUUCCUCGCAAUAUGUAUUUGUAUGCUCAGAGAUAGACUCUACCAACGUGCUGCCUAAUCAGCUCUAUGAGCUGGGAUAUUCUAAUACACUGUUACCGAGCACGUCCCCUCAGACCCAUACAAUAAGUCUAGCCCUACUUGUGAACUCCUCCACGACUUGCUAUGCAAUGCAAGUGUCCUACAUAACUGAUGAGUACGUCAUCCUUAAUAGCUUGACGAUCAAAUACGAUACCUGUACAGCAGCGGAGUACGUGGAGCCCAGCCUCUUCUAUAUAGGAGUACCCAGAUCAACAUACCCACUGGGGUACAUGUUCUUCGGGAUGACGGUAUAUCUAACGGUAUUGUCCACUAAACCGGAGCAGCUAGCCAACGGUCUAGUGCUUGGAAAGCUGUUUGCAAACAGAGAUUAUAUAUUAGUAGUAUUUAUUCUGUCUUCCGUUGACAUAGAAAUUACAGCACCUACUCAAGCGCAGAGUUGA